ACACUUCGGUGGAUCUUUCUGUGCCUCAGGCUCUAACCGGGUGAGCAGACUCCGCCGGGAGCGCUGCUGGCCGCCGGAGCGAGCGCUGAGGAGCCCGCGGUGCGGGAUUGGGGCGCGGCCGCAGGCUCCGCCCGGCUGCCCGCCCCGCCCGGCUUGGGAGAGCGAAAUGUCCUCGGGGGAAUCACACCAGGAGCAGUUGUCUCAGUCAGAUCAGACCCCAUCACCAAACUCCUGUAGUUCCUUUGAGCUGCUCGACAUGGAUGUCAGCAGUUCGUAUGAACCCGUUUCUCCACAUUGGUUUUAUUGUAAGGUAAUAGAUUCUAAGGAGCUCUGGAUCCCUUUCAACUCUGAGGAUUCCCAGCAGCUGGAAGAAGCGCAUGGCUCUGGAAAAGAUUGUAAUGAGAGAGUUGUUCCCACUGAUGGGGGCAGGUAUGACGUUCAUUUAGGGGAGAGGAUGCGAUAUGCUGUGUACUGGGACGAGCUGCCGUCAGAGGUGCGACGGUGCACGUGGUUUUACAAGGGCGACAAAGACAAUAAAUAUGUCCCCUACUCGGAGAGCUUCAGCCAAGUUUUAGAGGAUACUUACAUGCUUGCGGUAACUCUGGAUGAAUGGAAAAAAAAGCUAGAAUCUCCAAACAGAGAAAUUAUUGUAUUACACAACCCAAAGCUCAUGGUGCAUUACCAGCCAGUUGCAGGGUCUGAUGAGUGGGGCUCAACAUCCGCUGAGCAAGGCCGGCCGAGAUCGGUGAGAAGAGGCGUCGAGAGCAUCCCUGUUGAUAUUCACUGCGGGGAACCUUUACAAAUUGAUCACUUAGUGUUUGUAGUCCACGGGAUCGGGCCAGCCUGUGAUCUUCGUUUUCGAAGCAUCGUUCAAUGUGUUAAUGAUUUUCGAAGUGUUUCCUUGAACCUGCUCCAAACACAUUUUAAGAAAGCCCAAGAAAAUCAGCAGAUUGGAAGGGUAGAGUUUCUCCCAGUCAACUGGCACAGCCCUCUGCAUUCCACCGGAGUAGACGUAGACCUGCAGCGGAUAACUCUACCCAGCAUCAAUCGCCUCAGACACUUCACUAACGACACAAUUCUGGACGUCUUCUUCUACAAUAGCCCCACCUACUGUCAGACUAUUGUGGACACAGUAGCUUCUGAAAUGAACAGAAUAUAUACACUUUUUCUGCAGAGGAACCCUGAUUUCAAAGGGGGUGUAUCCAUUGCUGGUCAUAGUUUAGGUUCGCUUAUAUUGUUUGAUAUCCUAACAAAUCAGAAAGAUUCUAUUGGGGAUAUUGACAGUGAAAAGGGUUCACUGAGCACCACUAAGGACCGAGGAGAUGUCUCAACAUUAGAAGAAGAACUUAAGAAGCUUCAACUCUCUGACUUCAUCGCUGUCUUUGAGAAAGAGAAAGUUGACAAAGAAGCUUUGGCUUUAUGUACAGACAGAGAUCUUCAGGAAAUGGGAAUCCCCUUAGGACCCAGAAAGAAGAUACUGAACCAUUUUAGUUCCAGAAGGAAUUCAGUGGGUAUUAAUAGACCAGCCAUGUCAGCUUCUGAGGUAAACAUCCCCAAGGAAAAUGGUGACUAUCUGGAUGUUGGCAUUGGACAGGUGUCUGUAAAAUACCCCCGGCUCAAUUACAAACCAGAAAUAUUCUUUGCCUUUGGAUCUCCCAUUGGGAUGUUUCUUACUGUCCGAGGACUAAGAAGAAUUGAUCCUAAUUAUAAAUUUCCUACAUGCAAAGGAUUCUUCAAUAUUUACCAUCCUUUUGAUCCUGUGGCAUAUAGGAUUGAACCCAUGGUGGUUCCAGGAGUAGAGUUUGAACCAAUGCUGAUCCCACACCACAAAGGCAGGAAGCGGAUGCACUUAGAACUGAGAGAGGGCUUGACCAGAAUGAGCAUGGACCUGAAGAACAACUUGCUGGGCUCACUGAGGAUGGCCUGGAAGUCCUUCACCAGAGCGCCGUACCCUGCCUUACAGGCUUCAGAAACAGCAGAAGAAACCGAGGCAGAACCCGAAUCAAGUUCAGAAAAGCCCGGUGAAGCCAACACAGAAGAGGCUCCUGUGGAAGUGAGAGAGGAGGCGCCCAUCAACGUGGGGAUGCUGAACGGAGGCCAGCGUAUUGACUACGUGCUCCAGGAGAAGCCCAUCGAGAGCUUUAAUGAAUAUUUAUUUGCUCUACAAAGCCAUCUGUGCUACUGGGAAUCUGAAGAUACAGUAUUGCUGGUCCUCAAAGAGAUCUACCAAACCCAGGGUGUCUUCCUUGAUCAGCCUUUACAGUAAAGAUGACCCGUCUGUGGCUGCUUAAUAUGGACACUGAGGAGGACUUCCCUGAAAAACCACAUGCUCGUUGCUACAGCUCUCUUCUCAGCCACCUUAUGUCCUGCAUGCUGCCUGCUUUACUCCAAGGGAUCUUUCCAAGAUAAUCUUCUUUGGAAAUUCGUGGAAAGCAGAGGGCACACUCAUCGCUUUGUAUGCACACUCACCAGUGUUUGUAGCUAGGGAGUUUACAUCUUUUAAUGCUUUAACAGCACACUUCCUUGUUAUUACAUGGAAAUGAAUACAGGCUGUGUAGGAGGCUUAGAGAGGUGUACUCCCUAUCCCUAGAAAAUGGACCAGUUGGGAGUACAUUAAGAUGUACUUAGGGGUCCAGUCACUCUGUGUCCUCUGUUCUGGAGGGCUAAGCAUAAAUGGAUAUGGAAUAGCUGCUAGUUUUUGAGCCAGCAUAUCUUUCCUGUGUGUAGUAUAUGAAGAUCAGAAGCUUACCAACAAUACAGUUUGCUCUGAGCACUGUCACAUAGGUGUAUUGUAGGUGCUGGUGGUUGUUCUUACAGCUGCUUCAGCAAACCCUCAAGGAUGUGUAAACUGUAUACCUGCUCUUUUAUACCAUACUCCAAACCAGGGCUGAAGUUGAGGAAGUUACUAGGUAAUACUUAUUUUGAACUUAAUUUUGAAGGUCAACCUAAAAUUACAUGGCCCUUCCCAGCUGUUCAUGUUGCAAAUGCAAUCUUUAAAUAGCAUCGACUUAAGUCACCUGCUCCUUCCACUGGAGUAAAGAAGUAAUGUGACAUAGACGUCACUGCUUUCUGAGGUAUCAUCACGACGUUCACUUACAGUUGGCCGUCAGGGUAGCUAGGCCGGGGACAGGCCCGUCUGAAGAAAGCCCUGUCUGCAGGUCUGAGGGGUGGCUGUGCAGCACUGGUCGCUGACGCUGGAGAACUCAGGCACCUUUGCCUUGAGGAAGAGUGACUGUACACCAAGUCUUCCCCUUCCUCAGCACGUGCUGUCAUCAUCUCCAUCCUCCUCACAAUUGUCCUUUACUCUCCUUAGAUUGGCUCCUCUGAUUUCCACAGGUCUCUUUAUAGAGCGGCAGAGGAGGUGAGCUGUGUUUUGAUUUUUGACUUCUUUUGUAACCCUAUCAUGGUAUCCAGAGGCACUGCACAUAACACACCUGACCCCUCAGAUGGCAGUACCCUUUACAGACAGGGAAAGGGAGGUGCGCACUGUGCCCUGGAGGCUACGGAGGCAAGCUCAGGAUAUCAGGCCUGGCUGGCCGGCCUUCUGCUAAUGGCUGAUACUGGAUAAGCAAGCUAAGGAGUUCCAGGUACAUGGAAUACUUUAUUUUUUCUAUAAUAUGUCUUGAGUAAGAAUAUCUGAGAAUUAAGUAGUAGUCAUUAAAUACUCAAGAGUAAGUUUUGUCAGUUGCUGUCUUGAUGUUUGUUUACUCUUGUUAGCAGAGUCAUUACUACUUAAGAGUAAACCAAAGCACAACCGAGAAUGCGUUGUUGUGACCAAAGAUGGGCAGCUUGGCCCUGGAGCUAGAUAAACCACUGCGCUGAGAAAGGCUUCUUCCCAGCAGUCGGUGCAGUGACUAAAGGAGCUUGGAAUGCACUUGUGGUGUUAUCAUGCCGAGGGUUAUGCAAGUGAGCAGGGUAGCAAGGGGUUGGGGAGGGGCUUGCAGUGCCAUCUGUCAUGUACAGUCUCUUGACCAAGGCUGUUCCUAAACUCUAGGAUAACAGCAUUUUGUACGUAAUUCUGGCUGCACAAUUAGAGACUGUUUGCAAGGGAAGAUGAAUAGCACUGAUUACCUUUCUGAUAUUUUGCACUUUUGAAACGUUUGUUUUAUAUGUGAUUAUAUUUAAGACUUUAGUAAAUGCCGAAAUAAAACUAUUGACCAUUUGCCAACA